AUGACCACCACCGCAACUAUGCCAUCAUCCCAUUACGCCUACUCCUCCAACCCAAACCCAAACCCGAACCCAUCCGACCCCUCCGAUCCAUCCAACUUCUCCACCCCUCUCAGCCCGCCUGGCUCUUCCCGUCCCUGUCCUCGCAACCCUUUCACCCCUUCUUCAAGUACUCCAACCCUCCCCUCAAUAACCCACUCCCUCCUCCAAAUAGCCCUCUUUCUCAAGCGCGACUUUCGCUUCCUCAAAUUAACCACUGCUUCCUGUCCCGCCUUCUCCCUUGACAUCGCCAUCGAGUACAACUCAGAGGGAAUCCACACCCUCCUGCAAACUUCUCUUUACCGACUCAACUCAUCAACUCGAAACUUCGUUCGCAAGGCCAAUAUACUGUUGGAUGAGGAGGUGAAUCGGAGUUUUGAUGCUUAUUUACAUGGUCAGUUGCCUCUACAUCGGGAUGGGCAGCGGCACUUUAAGGAUUACGUUGAAGAUUCUGGGUAUUCGAGUCCGUUGAGCUCAGAUGGGGAUGAGGAUAAGAAUGACGAUGGGGGUGAGGAUGAAAUCGAAGAUACAAUGAUGAUGACUGUAGAAGAAAAGGAAACGAGAAAAGAACUAAAGAGGUUGGUGGGGGUUGUGGAGGAGUUGAGGGGGGUGUUUUUCAAGAAGGCUGGGAAGUACGUCCUGAAAGGGGGAAAGAAGGCAAUGGGGAAUAGGGAAGUUGGUGAUGGGGCUGGGGACGGCGAGGUGGAAUAUUUGGUGGUGGGGAGGCUGUUUGGGGAUGGAGAGGGUGAAGGAAAGGGAAGGAGGGGAGGCGAGGAUGUGAAGAUGGGAUUGGAGAGGUUAGUUGGGCGGUUGGGAAUGGGGAAGAGAGAGGAAUAUCAGGUGAGAGUUUGUCGGAUAUGA